AAAAACCCAGCCCCUUUAUGUUGGAUGGUCUUCAUGUAUAUACCACCACAUAAACAGCCGAAAAAAGAUAGCCAGCCUAAUAACGACCAGGAGUGCCGUGAGCUGAACUCCGGCGUGGCGUGUGCAGCUACCCAGCCAUUGCUCACCGGAUAUGGGCAAGGACGGGCUGCCGGAGACGGCGGAGACCAAGGCAGCGCCGGCGCUGCGGUCGUUCGCCUCAGUGUUCAUUCACGCGGACGGUGUGGACGUUGCGCUCAUGGUGCUGGGCCUGGUGGGCGCCAUGGGCGACGGCAUGUCGACGCCGAUAAUGAUGCUCAUCGCCAGCCGCGUAUUCACCGACGCCGGCAGCGGCCCUGACCGGCUCCACCAAUUUCGUUCCAGGAUGAACGAGAACGCAAGGAAUCUCCUCAUCUUGGCAGCCGCCAACUGGGUCAUGGCGUUCCUGGAAGGGUAUUGCUGGACGCGGACAGCGGAGCGGCAGUCGUCGCGGAUGCGGGCACGGUACCUGAGCGCCGUGCUCCGGCAGGACGUGGAGUACUUCGAUCUCAAGACCGGCUCCACGUCGGAGGUGAUCGCCAGCGUCUCCAGCGACAGCCUCGCUGUGCAGGACGUGCUGAGCGAGAAGGUGCCCAACUUCGUGACCAACACCACCAUGUUCGUCGGCAGCUACGCCGUCGGCUUCGCGCUGCUGUGGCGGCUCACGCUGGCGGGGCUGCCGUCCUUGCUGCUGCUCGUCGUCCCCGGAUUUCUCUACGGCCGCACCCUCAUCGGCCUUGCACGCCGGAUCAGGGAGCAGUACACGCGCCCAGGCGCCAUCGCCGCGCAGGCCAUGUCGUCGGUGCGCACCGUGUACUCGUUCGUGGCGGAGGACAGCACCGUGGCGCGGUUCUCCGCCGCGCUGGAGGAGUCGGCGCGGCUCGGGAUCAAGCAGGGCGUUGCCAAGGGAGUCGCCCUCGGCAGCGAGGGCAUCUCCUUCGCGAUCUUCGCUUUCAACGUCUGGUAUGGCACCCGUCUCAUCAUGUCUCAUGGCUACAAGGGCGGCACCGUCUACGCCGCCUCCGCCAGCAUCGUCAUCGGAGGCUCAGUGCUGGGGCAGGCGCUGUCGAACGUCAAGUACUUCGCGGAGGCAAGCGCGGCGGCAGAGAGGAUGCUGAAGAUAAUUCGUCGGGUGCCCAAGAUCGACUCGGAGAGCAACGCCGGCGAGGAGCUGGCCAGGGUCGCCGGCGAGGUGGAAUUCAAGGACGUGGAGUUCUGCUACCCAUCGCGGCCCGAGAACCCCGUCUUCAAGAGCUUCAGCCUGCGCGUGCCGGCGGGGCACACGGUGGCACUUGUUGGGAGCAGCGGGUCAGGGAAGUCGACGGCGAUCGCCCUGCUGGAGCGGUUCUACGAUCCAUCAGCGGGACAGGUGACCCUGGACGGCGUGGACAUCCGGCGGCUGCGGCUCAAGUGGCUGCGCGCGCAGAUGGGGCUGGUCAGCCAGGAGCCAGCGCUGUUUGCGACGUCCAUUAAGGAGAACAUCUUGUUCGGCAAGGAGGACGCGACGGAGGAGGAGGUCGUCGCCGCGGCAAAGGCGGCCAACGCCCACAACUUCAUCACCCAGCUGCCGCAGGGCUACCACACGCAGGUGGGUGAGCAUGGUGUCCAAAUGUCCGGAGGACAGAAGCAAAGGAUUGCUAUUGCUAGAGCAAUCAUAAAGUCACCCAAGAUCCUUCUCCUUGAUGAAGCCACCAGUGCAUUGGACACUAAUUCAGAGCAUGUUGUCCAGGAGGCGCUUGAACUGGCCUCCAUGGGUCGAACUACAAUUGUCAUUGCCCAUCGCCUAUCCACCAUCCAAAAUGCAAAUACGAUUGCGGUCAUGCAGUCCGGUGAGGUCAAGGAGCUGGGAUCCCAUUAUGAGCUCAUUGCCAAUGAGAAUGGACUCUACUCAUCUCUUGUCCUCCUUCAACAGACCAAAGAGUCAACAGAUUCUGAAGAGGUUGAUGGAACAAGAAGUACAUCUCUUAUGCGGCAAUCAAGCAGCCAUGGUAUGAGCAAGAGGAUAUCCACAGCAAGCGGAUCAAUCAUAACACUAUCCAUGGGUAAUGAUGAAGGUAAUGACAACAAAACAGAGCCGUUAAAGCUUCCUGUGCCAUCCUUCAUAAGGCUAUUGAUGCUUAAUAAACCCGAGUGGAAGCAAGCACUGAUGGGAAGCUUUAGUGCAAUUGUGGUUGGAGGCAUACAACCCACGUACGCAUACGCCAUGGGGAGCAUGGUCUCAAUCUACUUCUUGACGGAUCAUGAAGAGAUGAAGGAUCAAACCAGAAUCUACUCACUGUUCUUUGUUGGUCUUGCAUUGUUUUCAUUCCUGAUGAAUAUUGCACAACACCACAACUUCGGUGUCAUGGGGGAAUAUCUCACCAAAAGGAUAAGAGAACGGAUGAUUUCAAAAAUUCUAACUUUUGAGAUUGGGUGGUUCGACAGUGAUAAGAACUCUAGUGGUGCCAUAUGCUCACAACUUGCCCAGGAUGCCAACGUUGUGAGAUCGCUCAUUGGUGAUAGAAUGUCCCUUGUCAUCCAAACAGCUUCUUCAGUGCUAAUUGCCUGCAUCAUGAGUCUCGCAAUUGCUUGGCGUUUGGCACUAGUGAUGAUUUUUGUGCAACCAAUUGUCAUUGUUUGCUUUUAUACUCGUCGUAUCUUACUAAAGAGCAUGUCCAAGAAAUCAUUACAGGCACAAUCUGAAUGUAGCAAGCUAGCUGUUGAGGCAGUCGCUAAUCUUCGCACAGUAACUGCUUUCUCAUCCCAAGACCGCAUCCUACGCCUCUUUGACCAAGCACAGGUAGGCCCUCGCAAGGAAAGUAUCAGGCAGUCCUGGUUUGCUGGUCUGGGGCUCGGUACCUCCAUGAGCAUUUUGAGAUGCGUAUGGGCCCUCACCUUUUGGUAUGGUGGAAUACUCAUGGCUCAGCACCACCUUACUUCCAAGGCCCUAUUUCAAACCUUCUUGAUUUUGAUAAGCACAGGACGUGUGAUAGCAGAUGCAGGUAGUAUGACAACAGACCUUGCCAAGGGUGCUGAUUCAGUCACUUCACUUUUUUCUAUUAUUGAUAGAGAGACAGAAAUUGACCCCGACAACCCUGAGGGAUACAAACCAGAGAAUCUCGAAGGCAAGGUGGACAUUAGAGAAAUUGAUUUUGUGUAUCCAUCAAGGCCAGAUGUGAUCAUCUUCAAAGGAUUCUCCUUGAGCAUCCAGCCAGGUAAGUCAACAGCUCUUGUUGGGCAAAGUGGUUCUGGCAAGUCAACCAUCAUUGGGCUUAUCGAGCGGUUCUAUGACCCUCUUGUGGGGGCUAUAGAGAUUGAUGGCAUAGACAUCAAGACAUAUAACCUACGAGCCCUGCGAAAGCACAUUGCACUGGUUAGCCAAGAACCAACACUUUUUGCAGGUACCAUCAGAGAGAACAUUGUAUAUGGCACUGAAACAGCCACUGAGGAAGAAGUUGUGAGUGCAGCAAGGUACGCCAAUGCACAUGAUUUCAUUACUAGCCUCAAGGAUGGAUACGACACAUGGUGUGGUGAGAGAGGUAUUCAGUUAUCAGGAGGUCAAAAGCAGCGCAUUGCGAUUGCCCGUGCAAUCUUAAAGAACCCUGCUAUCUUGCUAUUAGAUGAAGCAACAAGUGCAUUGGAUAGCCACUCCGAGAUGGUGGUACAGGAGGCACUUGACAGAAUAUUGGUCGGGAGGACUAGUUUAGUGGUCGCACACAGGCUCAGCACCAUCCAAAAUUGUGAUGUGAUCACUGUGCUUGAGAAAGGGAUUGUUCUAGAGACAGGCACACAUGCAUCCCUCAUGAGCAAGGGUUCUGCUGGAACAUACUUUGGAUUGGUUACCAUGCAACAAGGACACAAUCAACAUAUAGAGUUUGCAUGACAACAAAUAUAUAUGGCACCACUUUCGAAACUUGCAGCUCAAUUAAAAUAUGAUUAACCAUUGUGGGUUAAUUAGCAAGCAAGAAUGUUAAUGAAGCAAGGCUUCCUGCGAUAAUUGAUUGUGUUGAUAUUGUCCAUCUCAUUGUUCUAUGCACAUAUGAUAUAUGAGUGUACCUAGCAUCUCAAAUGGUGUGAGUAGCUAUUAUUUCCUUGAUAAAAUGCUAGAUGCACAAAGAACAAGAAAUGUGAGGGAAAGUUUAUCUUUGUUUU